CUACUCCACUGGACGGCCGUUAAUGGAACGUUUUCUGAUAGCCGGCCACGCGGCACAGUUUAUUUAAAGUUGGCAGUUUAAUUGAUUUUCCAGUAUAAGAAGAGCUUCUUCCCAUAUCCAUUCUCUCUCUCUCUCCAAUUAUCUCUCUCCCGAAGAUCUCUCCUUCUCUCUCUCCCCCGAGAUCUAGCGAGAGAGAUAUAGAGUGGCAGGGCACGUAAUUUGGCAGAGUAGCUGCGAAUCUGCAAUGGCGAUCCGUAAGAAACGAGCCGCCUCUCUGGUAUUAACCGUUCUAUUGCUUCUCUUCUUCCUCGCCGGAGCUUUUGCCAGAGUCCGCAUUAAUGGAGGCUCCGAUUCGAGGUCCGAGGAGAAGGAGGGAUUGCAGAGCUCCAACAACUCAUCAAUGGCGGCAAGGUCGGCGGAGGUUGAAGUGGCGCCGUCGAGGGAACACAUUGAUGAUCCUGAAGCGGUUGCAUCCAUGGUUGCGGAGAGCAUCCGGAAUAGUUCUAUAGAGAGGAGAAAUUUGGGAUACUUCUCGUGUGGGUCUGGGAAUCCGAUAGACGACUGCUGGCGUUGCGACCCGAAUUGGCACAACAACCGCAGGCGUCUGGCAGACUGUGGGAUCGGGUUUGGGAGGAAUGCGAUCGGAGGGCGUGACGGUAAAUUCUACGUCGUCACGGACCCGCGAGACGAUGACCCGGUGAACCCGAAACCGGGCACACUCCGUCACGCGGUCAUCCAGGACGAACCGCUGUGGAUCAUCUUCAAGAGGGACAUGGUGAUCACUCUGAAGGAGGAGCUGAUCAUGAACAGCUUCAAGACCAUCGACGGCCGCGGGACCAACGUCCACAUCGCUUAUGGAGCUUGCAUCACCAUUCAGUUCAUCACCAAUGUGAUCAUCCAUGGCUUGCACGUCCAUGACUGCAAGCCCACCGGAAACGCCAUGGUCAGGAGCUCGCCGUCCCAUUUCGGCUGGCGGACAAUGGCCGACGGCGACGGCAUUUCCAUCUUUGGGUCCAGCCAUGUUUGGAUUGAUCACAACUCCCUGUCUAACUGUGCUGAUGGUUUGGUUGAUGCUGUCAUGGGCUCGACUUCCCUUACCAUUUCCAACAACCAUUUUGCCCACCACAAUGAGGUUAUGUUGUUGGGUCACAGUGACUCUUACAUAAGAGACAAGCAAAUGCAAGUGACAAUUGCAUAUAACCACUUUGGAGAGGGUCUCAUUCAGAGGAUGCCUAGGUGUAGGCAUGGGUACUUCCAUGUGGUGAACAAUGACUACACUCACUGGGAAAUGUAUGCCAUCGGUGGAAGCGCUGACCCAACCAUCAACAGUCAAGGCAACCGCUACCUUGCCCCGGCCAAUCCUUUUGCGAAAGAGGUGACAAAGAGGGUAGAGGCAUCAUCAGAGAGUGUUUGGGAGGGUUGGAAUUGGAGAUCAGAGGGGGACCUGAUGCUGAACGGGGCCUAUUUCAUUCGGUCUGGAGCGGGCGCGUCAGCCAGCUACGCAAGAGCUUCGAGCCUUGGUGCCAAGUCAUCUUCUAUGGUCGGCGUUAUCACCGCCUCUGCCGGUCCUCUUGCUUGCCGCCGAGGACGCACAUGCUAGCUAGCACAACAACUCGACCGCCUGAUCGACUUCACCAA